AUGUCCAUUAGUAUUGACGAUAUGGCUUUUAUUCUUUAUAUAAAUAAUAUUUCAAUACAAAUCAAUCGUUAUGUCCCCAUCUUUCUCCUUCUAUUUGGUAUAAUUGGUCACUUAACUAGUUGUCUUGUAUUUGUUCAACGCGCGCUUCGUACAAAUCCAUGUUCAAUUUAUUUUCUUGCUGCUAGUCUAUCGAAUUUAAUUUUUCUUACAACAUUAUUCGUACCUAUGCUUAAUGCAUGGGAUAAGUCGUUUAAUUUACUCAGUACUGUUUCUGUUCUAUGUAAACUAUCAAUGUUUAUUAUUCUAACGACACGAACAUUAGCUCUAUGGUUCAUUGUUCUCGCUACUAUUGAUCGUUAUUUAAUCUUAUUUUAUAAUAAUAAUCGACAUCGAAUGACAGAUUUGAAACAAACUUAUUGUUGGAUCUUGAUCACUUGUAUAGUAUCAAUAUUAAUCUGGAUAGAAACUGUUUAUUGUUUUGAAACUAAUCUUGUAGGAACUCCUAUGAAAUGUUUCCUUAAUUCAAACGUAUGUCUUUUAUAUAAUACCAUCAUAUUUGCAUUGAUUAGUAUAACAAUUCCAUCAAUAACGAUGCUCAUUUUUGGUCUUUUAACUAUUAUCAAUAUUCGUCAGUCUCAACGAAUGAUAUAUCCAAAUAUCAAUACAAUUACUAAUUCAAAUAGAAGAAGUCGAAGAAUUGAUUGGAUUCUUACUCGAAUGCUAUUGACACAAGUUUUUACUAUUUUUUUCUUGAAUCUACCACAAGCAAUUCAUAUACUGUAUAUAGCAAUUAUAUUUUAUCAACCAAUAACUCCUGUUAAAGCAACAGUUCUUGGUCUUAUUUUUGAUAUAUUAUUCCUUCUUCCAUUUCUUUCUUGUUGUAUUUCUUUUUUGUUAUAUAUCUUAAAUGAAAAGAUUUUUCGUGAAACACUCGUUAAACUUGCUAAGAAAAUUAUUCAACGUUUAAAAUGCAAUAACUAA